UUUCACGUGUAUAAUGACUGAAAAAGCCUACCAAAGACUUCGCUAUUUCUUACUUGUGGUAGUACUCGGUGUCGCGUUUCUACUUGCAGCUGCAGAAGCAGCACCCGACUGCCGAACACUUUUCUUCAAAGAAUAUCCACAGCAGAACAAAAUACUUCUGAAUCACGUGAUUUCGAAUCACACGGUGAAUAACGAACGACAGUGUCGCUUUGAUUGCUACGACCAUCACGACUGCAUCUCGUACAACACAGGACCCUCACUAAAACAACCAGGGAUGAUAUUGUGUCAGCUGAACGACGCCAUCCGCCAUCAGAACCCAUUGGACUACGUGGACAAAUUAGGAUUUACUUACAGAGGAGCGGAGAAUCCCUGUGCCAGCAGUCCGUGUCACAAUAAUGGAACAUGCCAGGCAGGAUUCACUAACAAGAAUUUCAGAUGCAUCUGUGGCGCGAACUAUACGGGAGGACGAUGCAGAAAAAGAAUCAAAAUAUGGAGACAAGCCGAUUACAGCAAGAAAGUAUGCAUUGGGACCAAGAACGACGCUUUCGGAACWUUUAAUGYCCCAGCUAAAGGAGAAAUUGAGGUCAUUAAACUGCAACACAUUUCAGGGGGRGUUUCUUGGGGAGGAGGGUCUCAAUAUAUCGGGAACUUUGGRGAUACUGCAGACGAAAAAUUUGAAAUUCAUAUCACUUUUCCAAACAAAACUCGACUAGCCCCCCCGGCAAAUUAUGARUAUCGAUAURAUUUACCUGGGCAAAAAUACUCUGGUAAAUGGCUUAUCUAUCCUUCUUUUAAGCCUUGGCUGCCGGUUCAGAGGGGGCAGGAGUUCAAUGUUUGGUACGGCGAUGACUUAMGAAACUACAAAGAAUAUGAUAACAAAGGAACUUUAUGCGUCCACGUGUAUUUGCGUUACGCGGAUUAUUAAGACAUUUUGCAACUGAACACAUUCUGGAACGUUCUUCAUAGCCCURCAUUAUGCUUAAUUGCACUUAACCRCCRAGACGACGGUUAAGUGCAAUAAACCUUUCACACUUUUAGAUAAGUAUCUAUAUCAUUGACCUUUUCUAAGAUAGAAGUUUGCAUUGCAUUGCGGUCUAGAUUCGUUACAAACAUCUUUUGUUCAUGCUGCCAAAUAUGGUGUUGUUUGUAUUAAAUCUAUACCACAAUGCACCAUGGUUUCAACCUCGUUCCCAGGCCAUUUAUCCCUUGGCYUGGGGUUCCCAGGCCCUUUACCCCUUCGCCUGACCCCAAGCGAAGGGAUAAAGGGCCUGAGAACGAGGUUGCCAUGGUUUUGUAUUUCAGAAACGGUCUAUUGCAUAGUUAUCGUCUUGCCUGAAUACAAAGGCAAGGCUACCUUUAAAGAUAGCGAGGGAACUUUUAUACACACUUGCACGUUUCUUAGAAUAAAACAGUYAUUACAUUGCCAUAUUAGGGCAAAAAUAUGAAAGAAAACACAGGAAACCCGCACCAUAUGACUGCUUAAGCCCCAAUAUGGAAUUGGGUGGAAUGAGUCGAUUUUGUAGAAUCAAACACAAACAAUUUAUCGAGUUUAUUAGAUAAAAUUAUGCACUUUAAUGAUAAUCUUAUAGAAAUUACAGCAAAAAUUAAUUAAGAUAAUAAAAUACUCAACUCCC